AAAGUGUGGCUGAAUGAUAUUUACUAUAGAUAAUGUAACAUUUCUAAACAAACUAGAUGCUAAAGUUAUGCUACAACAACAUUCCAUCUAAGGUUUGACAUUAGCGUGUAGAGUUAGCUAGAUGUAACAGUCAAUUAGAAUGUUUAGAUAUGUAUUAGAAAACACCAAGCCACACAUGCGCGCGAGCCGUAAAUUAGACAGCAUUCGUACAACAUGCUUGUCUCGCUGCUUUUCUGUGCUCUCACCGCAACGGCUCUAGGCAAAGUAAAGAUUUGGCAGCCAAAUUCUAAUUGGGAAAACAAACGAAAUUGGAUGGAUGGCAACAUGCCUUGCAGCGGUGAUAGCGUACACUUCGAACCAACACCUCACAAGGAUUGGUUGCAAGGGCCAACGUUUGAUGUGCGCGUCAACACGGAAGUUCGCCUGAAGAAGCUUGUACUGUCGCCUGGUCUGUCUCUAGUCUUAGGGUCUGGUUCGGCAUUGGUCUUUUCUGACGACUCAGAGAAGCCGUGUCCAGGGUCUGCGCAAUCACAAUCACAACUUCCGUUGGUAAAAACAUUUACUGGUGUCAAGUCGUGGGACUGGAAUUGUCCUGGUAACUGGAAGAAAGAGCUAAGCAAUACUACUGCUGAAAAACCUCCUUGUGGAGAUGACGUUGCAGUAUUUCCAACUAAUUCAUCAUUUUCAUGGGUUCAUAUCACAUCUCCAACUAAAGUUGCUCGUCUUCAGCUCGGGAUUAGGGAAAUCACAAGUUCCCAGCAACUUCCAGCAAAUCAAUUUGUGAUUGAUAGUGCUGCAUCUCUGACAAUGGAUUCCACUUGCAUGCAUAGCUUUUGUAGAUGUUUGAACGUCCACUGCACGGGUAAUUCACUGGUCAACACUUCUCAUCCAAUUUCUCCAUAUGCAACAACGGCCAGUCAUGCAACGACGGCCAGUCAUGCAACGACCGCCAGCCAUGCAACGAUCUCCAGUCAUGCAACGACUGCCAGUCAUGCAACGAUCGCCAGUCAUGCAACGACCGCCAGUCAUGCAACGACCGCCAGUCAUGCAAUGACCGCCAGUCAUGCAACGACCGCCAGUCAUGCAAUGACCGCCAGUCAUGCAACGACCGCCAGUCAUGCAACGACCGCCAGUCAUGCAACGACCGCCAGUCAUGCAACGACCGCCAGUCAUGCAACGACCGCCAGUCAUACAACGACUAGUCAUGCAACGACGACCAGUCAUGCAACGACGACCAGUCAUGCAACAACUGCCAGUCAUCUACCAAGUCAGCAGUUGCUGACAACAGCGACCAAACAAUCUACCAAGAGGUUGCUUAUGACUGAGACUCAGUCACAGAUUAGUCACGUAUCUACACAACAAUCAGCAACAUCUAGUGAUCAUUCUACCGCCAUACCAUCUACCAUGGAUAGUCGGACUCAAAGUGAUCAUUUACCAACUCAAAUGUUACAGACAAGAACAACCAGCACAACUCGCAGAACUCAUGGGACUCGGAAAGUGUCGCCAUUUGUGCGGACUUUGUCAACCACAUCUACACCAGCGAGCAGAUCAGAUGGAGUUAUAGCGACAGAUUCUUUUGUAGUCAUUUGCGCAGGCGAAAACUGUCAAUCUGCAGACAAACUAUCAGACAACUCAAAUUCAGCAACAAUUUAUAUCGCUGGAGGUGCUGCUGGUGCUAUAGUCAUUUUGCUAGUCAUCAUCUGUAUCAUUGGAGUAUUGUUUUGGCGUUUUAAGAGAUCAGUAACGUCUGAAGCUAGUAGUAACACAAUGCACAUGUUUGACAAUCCAAGUUAUGGUGGCAAUGACAACAUCAAAUGCAAUUCAAGAAGUUUGCCUGUGACAGAACAGCACGAGUCAGAGCACAUCUACUCUGAGUUGGAUGAUGGCGGUUACAGUAAGCCAUUGUAACUGGUGAGUUGAACUCCGAAACGUACGGUUGCUUGCCAGUAGUGAUGGAGUAUAGAGUUGUCAUAGACAUUAUGCAGUGUGGCUGCAUGGAUUAUGAUGCGUUUGUGCAGUUAUUUUAGAUUGACAAAAGUGAUGUAGCAGAUGUCAAACAUUAGAGUACGUGAUUUUAGUUGACGUUGUGAUUUUCUUUAUUUAAUUGCUUUACACGUGUAUGCUUUCUGUUUAUUGUUCUACAUCAUAAAGAGUUGCAUGCCCUCAUUAUUGCAGCAUCUUCAAAAAUGAUGAAA